AUGAUCACCAUCCAUCCCUUAAUCUCUUAUCAGGCAACACAAGAACUUAUUGCUAAAGUCCCUCAAUCAACUGAUGCUGAAUUCAAUGAGGCAUGUGAUGUUGCAUCAUAAACUUACAAAACUUGGAGAGAAGUUCCAAUCUCAACAAGAGACAGAAUCGCUGAAGCUAUUACAUUGGAACAUGGUAAAUCCCUCAUUGAUGCCAAGGGAGAUGUUUUCAGAGGUUAUGAAGUUGUUGAGCAUGCUGCCUCUUUUACCUCAUUAGCUCAAGGAGAGAGUUUAGAAAAUGUUGCAAGAGGAGUUGAUCUUUAUAGUUACAGAGUCCCCUUAGGAGUCACUGCAGGUAUUUGCCCAUUCAACUUCCCAGCAAUGGUUCCAUUAUGGAUGUACCCACUUGCUAUUACACUAGGAAAUACUUACGUUUUAAAGCCAUCUGAGAAAGUUGCAGGAGCUGCUAAUAUUCUCAUCGAUUUGUUAAAGGAGUCAGGUGUGCCUGAUGGAGUAGUGAAUGUUGUUUAGGGUGGAGCUCCAACUGUAACAAACAUUUGCACUCAUAAAGAUAUCAGAGCAAUCUCUUUUGUAGGUGGUGACAAGGCUGGUGAGUACAUAUAUACUACUGGUAGUGCUCACGGAAAGAGAGUCUAAUCCAAUAUGGGAGCAAAGAACCACGCUAUCGUGAUGCCUGAUGCUGAUAAAGAAGACACAAUAAAUGCUCUCAUCGGAGCCUGCUUUGGAUCUACCGGAUAAAGAUGCAUGGCUAUCUCUGUUGCAGUCAUUGUAGGAGAUGCAUAGUAAUGGAUCCCUGAAAUCGUCGAAAGAUCAAGAAAGUUAACAAUUGGACCAGGUAGUGGAAACUACGAUAUCGCUCCACUCAUUACCAAGGAAUCCAAGCAGAGAGUUGAAAACUUGAUUGGAACUGCAGAGAAGCAAGGCGCAAAGUUAUUGCUUGAUGGCAGAGGAGUAGUAGUAAAGGGAUACGAAAAAGGAAACUUUGUCGGUUAAAGUGUGAUUGAUCAUGUUAGUCCAGGCAUGUCAGUAUAUGACGAGGAAAUUUUCGGACCUGUUAUGGUCAUUGUUAGAGCUAACACUCUCUAAGAAGCAAUUGAUUUGAUAAACAGCAAUAAAUACGGAAAUGGUACAGCCAUUUUCACCAAGAAUGGUCAUGUUGCGAGAAAAUUCUAACAUGAAAUUGAGGCAACUCAAAUUGGAAUAAAUCUCCCUAUUCCUGUACCACUUCCAAUGUUCUCUUUCACUGGUGGAAAGGGCAGCUUCAGAGGAGUAAGCAAUUUCUAUGGAAAAGGAGCAGUCUCAUUCUAUACUUAAUGGAAGACUAUUACUGCCAGAUGGAAGGAAGAGACCGAUGAAGCACAAAAGAUGCAAACUCAUUUCCCAACUAUGAAAUGA